AUGAGCCCUCACUCAACUUCUGGGCCGCUGUACAAUGAACCUCUCCUGGACGACCACAAUCGUACGUUCCUUGAAUGGAAACCGCUGUUUAUCAGACAGACUGAUGGCCAUCAGUUUACUCAGUUCUAUAUCAACAAGGCUUAUAUGCCUUCUGAUCUUGAGCGGUCUAUUUUGAGCAUUCUCGACAACGACGCUCAAGUCGUCAAGUUGAAGCACCUUGAGCUGUACCAUGACGAUCCCGACUUGUCUGAGGACGGCCUCGCAGUGCGGCACAAGGUUAUCGCUGACCACGUCCAAUCAGUGAAGAGCGCACUGGCGCUGACGUUCCUUAAUUCCUCCAUGCCGUACACCGCGGCGGUGACGACCACAAUCGCACUUGGCGCGAUGAAGGCUAUCGAGGCCACAGCCGCCGAAGCAUUUCACCGACAUCCUAAUCUGCGCCCAACUCCGGUGAUCAUGUCGAUACCCCAGGUGGUUUGCAUCGUAGCUGCCGUCACGUUGAUUUUCUGUCCUGUCGUGACGCUGUUGAUCGUGGUGCUACUCUUAACCGUCGUGACCAGGCUCCAAUUGGCACCCGCUACAGGGCGCACAAUCCCCUGCUACAUGGUCGACUUGGUCAUGUGGUUACUACUCCACCUACACCUCCCAGUUCUAGUCGUCGUGUGGACCGAGAUGAACAUCACCGACCCUCGAAGCGUGUACUCCACCACCGCCGCAUCCCCAGUGUGA